UAUAUCUCUGCAGUCUGGCAGCCUCGCUUUGUGGCCAGGCACAUAAACCCAAGCACUAGAGUUUGAAAGAAACUCUCCCUUUGCCUGGAGAUACCCCCCUUCCCCCCCUUCCUAUUCAGGUCCUGCCUCUCUGAUUAUCCACGUGACCAUGAACCUGAAGACAGCGCUGGUGCUCCUGGUUCUCUCCAUCAUCACCAUCUUUGCCCUGGUUUGUGUCCUGCUGACCGGUAGGGGUGGGGGUAGUUCCAGCCAACCUUCCAAAUGCUCCUCACCGACAGCCAAGAAGAAUCAGUUCAGGCCACACCCUGUCCAGAGCCAGCUGUUCUCAGACCUGACCCAUGAGGAGCUGGUCUCAGUGAUGCGCUUCCUGACCCAGAGGUUGGGGUUAGGGCUGGUGGACGCAAGCCGUGCCAAACUGUCUGAUAACUCUGUCUUCUCAGUGGAGCUGCAGCUGCCCCCCAAGUCUGCAGCCUUGGCCCACCUGGACAGGGAGGGUCCUUCACCUCCCCGGGAGGCUCUAGCCAUUGUCUUCUUUGGCCAACAGGCCCAACCCAAUGUGAGUGAGCUGGUGGUGGGGCCUCUACCCAACCCUUCCUAUCUUCGGGAUGUGACUGUACAGCGCCAUGGGGGGCCCCUACCCUAUUACAGGCGACCGAUAUCCACAAAAGAGUAUGAAGAACUUAACAGGAUGAUCUUUGAACGGGAGCUGCCUCGAAUCGUUGGUCUCCUCCACCGUUGUUGCUACUACAAUGGGAGGAACCUGCUGCCAAUGAUCACUGCCCCAAGAGGUCUGCGCUCUGGGGAUCGGGCCACCUGGUUUGGAAUCUACUAUAACAUCUCAGGUGCUGGCUUUUACCUCCACCCUGUGGGGUUGGAGCUGCUAAUAGACCAUGAGGCCCUAGACCCUGCUCAAUGGACAGUUCAGCAAGCCUUCUACCAUGGUCGAUACUAUAAGAACCUGGACUACCUUGAACGAGAGUUUGAGGGAGGCCGGGUAGAGGUUGUAGAGAUUGUACUCAAUGGCACCAGAGCGUCUUCAUCUCUCAGGCCUCGUGUUCCCCCUGGUUCUCCUCCCCCACUACAGUUCUCUCCCCAGGGUCCCCGAUACAAUGUCAAAGGAAGUCAAGUGGCAUCCCCAUUCUGGACCUUUACCUUUAGCCUGGAGUUGUUCAGUGGUAUGAGGAUUUUCGACAUCCGGUUCCAAGGGGAGCGCAUAGCCUAUGAAGUCAGCAUCCAGGAGGCUUUGGCCGUCUAUGGUGGCAACUCCCCAGCAGCCAUGAUAACUCGCUAUUUAGAUGGCGGUUUUGGCAUGGGCUUGUUCACCACUCCACUGACUCGAGGAGUGGACUGUCCAUACCUGGCCACCUAUGUGGAUUGGGUCUUUCUCGUGGAUUCUGGAACUCCAAGGACAGUACGUGAUGCUCUAUGCAUAUUUGAACAGAACCAGGGCAUCCCCCUGCGGCGGCACCAUUCUGAGUUUUUCUCCUAUUACUAUGGGGGCCUCCCAGGGACAGUAUUGGUUGUCAGGUCUGUGUCCACUCUGCUCAACUAUGAUUAUGUGUGGGACAUGGCGUUUCACCCCAAUGGAGCCAUAGAGGUCAAAUUUCAUGCUACUGGCUAUAUCAGUUCAUCCUUUUUGUUUGGUGCUGGCCGAAGAUAUGGGAACCAGGUUGGGGAGCAUACCCUAGGCACCAUCCAUACCCAUGCUGCUAACUUCAAAGUUGAUCUGGAUGUGGCAGGACAGGAAAACUGGGUGGUAGCAGAGGACAUGGCAUUUGAGUCUAGAACUGUACCCUGGAACCCAAAGCAUGAGAUACAGCAGAUACAGUUGAUUCAAAAAACACUGGAGACCGAAGACCAGGCAGCUUUUGCCUUUGGGGGCACCUCUCCUCAAUACCUCUACCUGGCCAGCAAUCAUACCAAUGUCUGGGGUCACCGUCGUGGAUACCGAAUCCAGAUCAUCAACUUUGCAGGGCAGCCAGUGCCCCAGGAGAGCACCAUAGAAAGCGCCUUCAGCUGGGAGAGGUACCAACUGGCAGUGACACAGAGGAAGGAGGAAGAGCCUUCAAGCACCAGUAUCUAUAAUCAGAAUGAUCCUUGGACCCCUACUGUGAACUUCGCUGAUUUCAUCAACAACGAGACCAUAGCAGGCAAGGAUCUGGUCGCCUGGGUGACUGUUGGCUUUUUGCACAUUCCUCACGCAGAAGAUAUUCCUAACACAGUGACUGUGGGGAAUGGCGUUGGCUUCUUCCUCAAACCUUAUAACUUCUUUAAUGAGGACCCAUCAGUCCAGUCUCCUGAUGUCGUCUACUUUCAGAAUGACCAGGAUGCCAGAGUCUGCGAGAUCAAUCCUGUUUCGUGCCUUCCAGAGACAGCGGCCUGUGCUCCUGACCUCCCUGAUUUCACCCAUGGUGGUUUUAGAACAGGGUUUUAGAGCCUGGCUUUGAACCUCAGCCUCCAGAUAAGGAGGAAGUAGGAACAUUGGAUUAUUGUGCAAUUAAUACCUGGCCUCCAGCUCUUCUCUAUUCUCUCCACAGUUGCCAGACCUCCUAUUUCUGAACCCUGAAUAUGCCACUGCACCUUUUUAAAUCAGUGAAGACUCAGCUCAGUUUCACUUAUCCUAAAACACAUUGGAUUCCUGGUUUCAGAAAGGAGAGAGGAACAUACCCUCCCUGGCCCUGGAAGGGAUGGCCAAACUGCGACCUAAAAUAUUUAAUCUUUUCCUUCCUUUGACUUCUCCAGAUUUGCUGCAAUCACAGGGCUAUCCUGCUUCCUUCCUUGUUAUGGGACAUGAGGGAUAAGGCUGUUCAGGGGCUGGGGAAGGGGAGCUUAGGGGAGUGGUGUGUAGGGUGGGGGUGGGGUACAGGGAGAAUAUAUAUUGAGACUUUUAGAAGCAGCAGCUCUCCACAACCAGGUAUUCCUAUGGACUCCAGGGCAGUCUCAUCUAAGCCUGUAUUUAUAGAGCUGUUGGAAUUGUCCUCAUUUGUCUCUUCCCCAGCCACAACCCUCCUCCCUGUUUUCCAACUUACUGGGAUUUACAUUCAUUCAGUAUACUAGUAUUUAUUAAGCAGCUACUAUGUGCCAGGCACUGUGCUAGACAAAAAAUGAAAAAAUCCCUAUUCUUAAGGACCACAGACUCUGACAUGCAAUAGAAUGUAAGAUCCAUGAGGGCAGGGAUAAUUUCUUUCUCUUUUUCUUUUUUUUAAUCUGUAUUCCCAGUGCCUGGCUUAUAGCAAGUGCUUACAAAUGCUUUCAGAUUUUUCUUCUAGUGCUGGGAGGAUGAGAUUCUGUGGCAGUGUCACCCUUACCAUUUGCACUCCCAACCCUACCCCACCCCAUCUGUCAUGAGUUUAAUGUCUGUCCUUUGCUGUUGAUGUUUUUGGUGAGAGGAUAAUAAUUCUAAUCUGUCCCACAUGCUUUUGUUCAUGUGUGUCUGUAUGAGGGAAGAUGUUGUGUGGGUGUCUCUGUAACUCUCAAAUGUAAUAAAAAAAAAUUCCGUAAUGAAUCUUAUAUUGUUUGUACCAGCCCAAUAAAUUCCUUCCAGGUCCUUACCUUC